AUGGCGGCGGCACAGGGAGGAAAGAUAAAGUCCAGGCGAAAGUCUGAACACAGGGAGGGAGAGACCAUGUGGAAGAGAUAUGGAGACUGCGGCAAAGAGAGGAGCCGAGGGUUACAGGCCGAGCGAGAGUCGGCCGCCCUGAGAGGGAGAGCGGAGAGGAGAAAGGAGGGGGAGAGAGGAGAGGAAGCAAGAGACCCGCAAAAGAACGCCAGAAGCUCCCACCGGCCGUCUAGCGUGGGAAGGGACCUUCAUCUCAAGGACACUGAGAAAGGCAGAUGGAUGGUGGGGAACGCGGGAGCGGCGACCCGGCGGGGCGGGCACCGGCCGGGCGGCGCUGCCCGCGCCCCGCAGCCCCCACCGCAGGCCCGUGCUCGGCGCGGGCAUGAAAUUGGCUGCAGCCCUAAUGAGUGCGCGCCGCGCGGAGGAGGCUGA